CACUCGGGAGGCAGGCAGCGCCCUGAGAGCACACGCACCCUUCGCCGACGAGUGAGACGAGCCCGUUAGCCAGCCAGCGCCCGCCCGCCCGCAGCAGCCGCAGCAAAGGUGUGCAGAACAGGCAGGAUGGCCGGCCGCAGCAGGUGAGCAGGGCUGACAACAUUGCGGCGCGCCGGAAGAAGAAAAAAACUAUGAGGACCUGAGACGGAAGAGACACGCAGCAGAGCAGAAGGAGCGAUGCGGCCCCACUCGUCUGCCCUCCUGGCCAGAGGCCUCGCCUGCUGCCUGGUGCUCGGACUCGCCUUCCUCGACCCCAAGAGGUGGGCCGCCCAAGCAGUCGGAGCCAACGGAGGCAGCAUGCUUGGUGAUGUCAAUAUUAGUGCCAUCUUAGACUCGUUAAGUGUAGGCUACGACAAAAGAGUAAGACCUAACUACGGAGGGCCGCCAGUGGAGGUGGGGGUGACAAUGUACGUCCUGAGUAUAAGUUCCGUCUCAGAAGUCCUCAUGGACUUUACAUUGGAUUUCUACUUUCGGCAAUUUUGGAAGGAUCCGAGAUUGUCCUUCCGGAAGAGACCAGGGGUAGAGCAGCUGUCAGUUGGGUCCGAUUUUAUAAAAAGCAUCUGGGUACCUGACACAUUCUUCGUCAACGAGAAACAGUCAUACUUCCAUAUUGCAACUACGAGUAACGAGUUUAUUCGUAUUCAUCACACUGGUAGCAUCACUAGGAGUAUUAGACUGACCAUCACCGCAUCAUGCCCUAUGAAUCUCCAAUAUUUUCCUAUGGACAGACAACUUUGUAACAUUGAAAUUGAGAGCUUCGGAUAUACUAUGAGGGACAUCCGGUAUAAAUGGAACGAGGGCCCAAACUCGGUUGGCGUUUCCAACGAAGUAUCGUUACCUCAAUUUAAAGUCUUGGGCCAUCGGCAAAGAGCUCAUGAAAUAAGUCUAACUACAGGGAAUUAUUCGAGAUUGGCGUGCGAGAUUCAAUUCGUACGUUCUAUGGGAUACUACCUCAUCCAGAUCUACAUACCUUCUGGUCUUAUCGUCAUCAUCUCGUGGGUUUCGUUCUGGCUAAAUCGGAAUGCGACUCCAGCUAGGGUCGCCCUAGGGGUCACCACUGUCCUCACCAUGACUACCCUUAUGUCAUCCACCAAUGCAGCCCUACCCAAGAUUUCCUAUGUUAAAUCCAUUGACGUCUAUCUGGGAACAUGUUUCGUAAUGGUCUUCGCAUCGCUACUCGAGUACGCCACGGUCGGCUACAUGGCCAAGCGGAUUCAAAUGCGCAAGAACAGAUUCAUGGCCAUCCAGAAAAUCGCAGAGUCUAAAAAGGUCAACUUGGACACUGCCAAUCCGCCAGGACCCCCAGGUGACGGCCCUAAGCAAACAGAGGUGCGGUUCAAAGUGCACGACCCGAAGGCCCAUUCAAAAGGCGGCACCCUGGAGAACACGGUGAACGGGCGGGCCGACGAGGAAGGCGGCGGCGGCGGUGGCGGAGGCGGCCCGCCUCCCCCGCCCACGCACCUGCUGCACCCCGGCAAGGACAUCAACAAGCUGUACGGCAUCACACCCAGCGACAUUGACAAAUACUCGAGGAUUGUGUUCCCCGUUUGUUUUGUGUGUUUCAACCUCAUGUACUGGAUCAUUUACCUGCACAUCAGUGACGUCGUGGCCGACGACCUGGUGCUGCUGAACGAGGACAAGUAAAAUUCUAACGCCGACGCUCGCCGCCGUCGUGCAUCAAUUAAACAACCGCACUCGUUCAGAAAAUUAAAACGUGCAUCUAAAUUAUUAUAUAUACACACACACACGAACACAAACACACAUAAAUUACUAAUUAUAUCUAGACGCAAACACCGAAACGAAAAUCACAGAAUUGCAGAUACGAAAAAAAUAAAGAUAAAAAAUGAAACACGUACACACACGAUUUUAGCAAUAAAAACGAGAUGAGCACUUUUUCUAAAAGACCUUUCUCCCCUCGCGGUCGACCGGGCCGCCGCCGCAGCGCUUGUUUCCGGGAAAGCUUCACUCUUCCUCUCCUCUUUUCCUAUCUAUCUCCGUAGUUGACGAGCGAGUAGCCAAAAGCGCGCGAUUUGAGAAAUCGGCCGUCUUUGCACCAAACGAGCCCAUCGGCGGCCGGUCCGGCGCCUCCGACCGCCCUGCCACGGUGAUAAAAAUUAGGGGCGGCAAAACGCUUCGACGGACCAUCGAGAUUCUAAAAAGCUCACGUUCGAUUGGCUUUACCAGCUGCCGUCGAGUCCUUUUCCGUCCCCGGUGAUAGAAAUUAGAAACAAUUCUAAAGCAAUUAGAAGCGGAUUUCAUUUUUUCAAGUCACACACAACAACACACAGACACAUACACACUCAAGUCUUGCGUUCCGUUGAUGCUAUCGAUACAUUGAAAAAAUUAUCAUCAUACGUUGUUCCCGGCUAAAGAAAAAUAAAAACGCACUCGUGUCACACACACAUUUCCAGAGAAAGAUGAAAACACAAAUUCAAACGCUUUAAAUAAAAACUAAAUAACUAAUAGAAGAGUUUAAAAAAGAGGCAAGAUUUCUAUGGUAAUAAACUAGAGUUACGAGAUGUGCAACUUGACGAGACGAACACGCGCUGAUGAGUCGUAAACUGCUAACUGUGACUUGACGGAUGAACAAACAAAUCAUCUUCCAAAAUUCUGUGUUUUAUCAUACAAGAGAAUUCUGUUGUUAUAUACACACACACACACUUACGUACGUGAGAAUAUUAUAGCAUGGAGAAAAAGGAACGAGCGCGUCGCCGAUUGGCUGAGCCGCCGGGGUCACCGGCCUGACCCUGCGGAUCGGCCAGUCGGCGACGCCGGGAAAACACACUGUAAAAAUCAUUGAUUACUGUAAGAUUAAGACUCGCACAAGAAGCAGUGACUGCUGUCACCCACAAUAGCGUUCAGGCACCUCUUCGGAUAUCAUUGUCGCGUUUUCGUAGAGACCUCCGACGAAAAUGGUAUUGUUUAUCGACAAGCUGUAAAUUUAUAACCUGUGAGAGUAUUCUAAAGUAUAAUUGAUCGUUACACACACUCACCGUGUCAUCGCUAUACACACAUAUUGCUAGCGUCUGUUGUACAGAACCGAGAGAAAAAUGCUUCAACUAUAUGGUUUACACCCCCAAAUUUUUAUCGACGAGAAAUUUGGCGCCCACUGUUAUAACUAGAUACAUACUGUGUUUCUUCCACACACACACACACACGCAUUUGUUGCCAUUGUGAUAUCUGCAAUCAAAUAGUGAACUCUCACUUGCUGUCAAGACAGAAUAAUUACACACGACACACACACAUACACACACGAUGUAUCUCUGCAGCAGUUUUCCAGCACCGUUGUAAGACAUGAGUGUUAAAUACUACUAAUAACGUUAGCGUUCAGAUCGAAAUCACACUCACACUCAUACAUUAUAAUUAAACUCACACACACUAUAAUAGAUAUUCACACUUUGUUUCGAAAUUGGAUGAGCAGCGGUUAUAUGAUUCUCUUCCCGUCCUCUCACGUUAAUUGUAAGCGAAGAAUUGAUUUGGUUGGUUGGUUGGUUGGUUGCCGAGAUUGGUCGGCGGACGGUGCCGUCCCAAUGCUCAAUAGAAACACCAUAGAAUUAAUCAACGACGGCUCCGUCCGCAGCACAAAUUCUCUCUGAUUACCUGCAUCUCGCGUCUCGGCUCGAGUCUCUUUGUUCAACCGGCAGAAAACAAACAAAAAAUUUGUACAGAAUUGCUCAAUCAGAAAAGGGAUUGAAUAUUUGAAGCGUUGCAUAUUAUAAUAUAUUAUAUCUCUCACACAGACAGACACACUCGCGUUGAUUUUCGCUUAACUAAUCUCAAAAAGCUAUCGGUAUGAACGCGCGCGCAGUACAUAUUUUUACCCGCUUGCUAUAGCACCUACGACGAAACAAAAGAUUAACAAGUUUUUCUAUCUAUACCUUCGAGUGCACCGCCGCCGUCAAGCAACAAUUGCUCCACACUAUAUACUAAAAAACAUGAAAAUAAUAAAAACGUGCUGCUUCUUUUUACUCGUCGCGGUUCCGUUUUUCAAACGAAUGCAGACAAACAGAGGCGUCGGUUCGGCUAGCGUUCCGAGUUUUAAUUAAAAUGACGAGAAACACACGAACACGUGGGCAACCCGUAAAAUUCUAAACAUUCCACACAGUAAGUGAGACGCAGUGAAUGCUUUUUACAAGUAUCGAUGGUCGUAUAAAUACCUAGGAAAUGUCGUGUUUUCAGUGUUGCAUUUGACAGCAGAUGAAUUAUAAAUAGACACACACACACACACUCUCUAUAUCAAAAUCACACAGACACUCACACACACAGGAUGGAGGAAAAAACAAAUCUCACCAGCACAUCAAAUACUACAAAAAAGGAAAACGACACUGCUGUAUCUCUUCUCUCUAUCUCUUCUCUCGCUCUAUUUGAAAACGAUAGUUUUAAUACACAAACACAAGUUAAUCGUCAGUGCUUUGAGUGUAUCUGAGGGAGACGCUGAUGAAUGUGAUGAAUGUAUCAUGUAAGUGUACAUAAUUGUUCCUUUUUACGCUAAAGAUGCAUAUAAACUAAUUAACAAAAAGUAUGUACUAUUAUUACAUGCGAAAAUCUGUUGAUUGUUUAGAUAAGUAUAAAAUGCAGUGCAGAAGAUUAUUGAAUUAUGAUUAUUAUUAAAAAAGAGAACACUACAAAAACGCAAAAUGUUAGCGACAGAGUAUUAGAGUGUGGGGCAAAAUAAUUAUAAAUUACUAAAUGGGGAAUAUUUUUAAAAAAACCGAAACAGUGCGAUGAAUGUGACAAAAAAGAAGAUGCAGAAAAACACUUCUUGUGUAAAUAUAUACAUUAAAAAAUAGCAGACAGACAAAAGAAGAUGACGAAGAAGAAAAUCGAUCCACGGAGCAAAAACAUAGAGAACGGACAGUACGGGGAGGGUGGAAAAUAUAUUUAAUAAACGAUUGCUCAUGACUUGAUAUUCUAAAAGUGUAAAAUGAUCACAGCUAAUUGAGAUUAUAAUGAUUAAUUGCCGUUAUUAUAUUGAUGUUGACGAAAGAGUAUGAAAAAUUAUUAUCAUUGCAGCAGCUGAGACUCUUGCGUUGCUAGUUUUAAUCCAAAACCCGCACACCCAACACACAUACACACACACACAAGACACACGGAACAAACGAAAACAAAAUGCAAAUAUACGGCGACAGCAGCAGAGUUGAAAAUAAAUUAAUUUUGAUAAAAAUGACGCGUGCACCUUUAAAAUCCAUAAUUUCUCGACGUAAAUAACAAUCGACUGAGUUGGUCUUGCUUAAAAUUGAAUGUAAUCGCACUCUAAAAGACUCAAACUCGUCUAAUUUUGUACAAAAAUCCUGAUUUCGAGUUUCAAAAGAAAAGAAAAAAUAUAUAAAGAAAACACCUGCUGGCCGAGACAUUGAAAACCGUAGCGACGCUAUAAAAGUACUAAUUUCCCUAGCGACAAAUUAACAAAAGUAUUGUAAAACGCGCUUGCUUUUAUUGUAUGAUUCAACCUAUUGUAUCUCUCUCGCUCUUCUAACUCUCUCUAAGCUCUCGUUAUCUAUCUAUUAUAUCGGAUCACGUCGGACGGACCCACCCCCCUGAAUUCGGCCAAAGCUUCUACGGGAAAAGCGAGGGGCACGUCCGCGGCGCCGAUUGUGAUUGAAUUGCUUUCUAAUUUCGAAUUGUAGAUGAUUUUAAUACGAACUUGUUAACAUGCGUAACGGACACGGAUAAAAAGAAGAAAAUAUAAUACAAUUAAUUGAAAAA